AUGUAUCUGCCGCGUUCCCUCCUCUCCAAGCUCUACCAGCACCUCACAAGUACACGCCAUCCUCUCUCGCCGCCGGUCCUCAUCCUCGUCGCCCUCGAGCCCGACGCUCUCUGCGCCUGUAGAAUCCUCACACGCCUCCUCAAAAACGACUACAUCCCCCACAAGAUCCAGCCCGUCGCCGGCUAUGGGGAUCUCGAGCGCGUCGGCAGAGAGCUGGUCAGCCCCAUGAUGGAGCAGAACGGCGGCGCAGGUGGUGUCGUUGCCUGUCUGGGCGUAGGAGGCAUGGUCGACCUGGGCACCGUGCUCGGCCUGGAGCUCGAGGGCGAGGACACAACCUUUGGCGGUGUCGAGGUCUGGCUCAUCGACUCGCGUCGCCCUUGGAACCUAGCCAACGUGUUCGGGGGCUUCCCGCUCGAACCCGAGACAGAGUUCGCUUCUAGCUACCAGGCUCGCACGCCUGUCGGUGUGACGGGUGGAAGUAUUGACCGUGCGUACAAGCCAGGAAAAGGUGGGAUCGUGGUCUUCGACGAUGGUGACAUCGAAGACGAGCUUGCACCGCAGAACGAGGCGUACAUGGCUCUCAUGGAGAUGCCUGAUCUUGAGGAUAACGGUGAGGAUCUUGGUGACAGUGAUUCCGAGAGUGAGGAAGAAGACGGGGACGACCCUUCCGAGGCUGCACCCCACGCAGGUCAGAAGCGGAAGUCCUGGUCUGACCAAGACGAAGACGAUGAGAGUGACGACGACGACAGGCCGCGGCAGAGGAGGAGGAGCAACUCUUCCAGCUCGAUACCCGAAACACCGGAGCGUCCAAAACAACGUGGACUAGUCUCAGUCCGUGAACAGGCACUGAUGUCCUCGGAUGCGCAAGAUGAAGACCCGCCGACUGCUGCUCAACCUCCUAAAGGACCUUCGGCGCGGACCCUGAGGAGACGCCUUCUUCGGCUGAGACGGCAGAACGAGGCCGUCCUGCGUGACUACUACCGUAAUGGCACACAGUACUCCGAACCCAUCUCAUCCAUGGUAUAUUCUCUGGCUUCAGAACUCGGCCGAGAGGACAAUGACAUCCUCUGGCUGGCCAUCGUUGGUGUUACGUCAAUGGAGCUCUACGGCCGGUCGUCAGCAGGGGUAGCCGUGCCGGUGAGGAACUCCGAAAAUAAGAACGCAUCCGGCUGGCUAGGCAUGCGCGGGGCCCGCAUACGACAGCUUCUACGCGACGAAGUACGCCGCCUCAACCCACCAGAGCUCAUCAACAGCAACAACGGAAGACUUCUGCCCGAGGCAGUUGGCGUUAUUCCAACAACAGCAAGAAGCCCGGAGGACCACAGCAUCCGGCUAUCGCCCGAGCCACGACUAUUGAUGGUCAGGCAUUGGAGUCUAUACGAUGCUCUGUUGCACUCGCCUUACAUUUUCUCACGCCUCAAGACAUAUGGUGAGCCGGGACUCAAGCGCCUUCACAAGUUUCUUGCGAAGAUAGGCAUCAGUCUUGUCCAGUGCAAGCAAAAUUAUGCGCAUAUGGAUAUUGGGCUCAAGCGGGAACUUCGUUCGAAACUAUUAAAACAAGGCCCCCUAUAUAAGCUUGACGACCUGGUCCCGGCUGUUGAGACAGAUGGCAAAGAUCGAGGUGGUGCAAAGGAUGGCUGGGGCUUUGUGAGGAGCUGGGGCUGGCGGGCGACGCUAAGUGCGCAGGACGUUGGCGUGGUCAUUGGAGCUCUUCUGGAAGUUGGGAAGCAUGCCACUCUGGCCAACCCUGCGGCACAAGACGGCUCAUCUCAGAUCGUUGAUGAUGUCGGUGACGCUCUUAUUGAGCAGGGCGAAGAGUGGGUUCCCAGGUUCUGGGAUGCGUUUGAUGCAUUGGAGAAUAUCGAGGCGCUUAAACAGGGUCUUCCGACGGCACAAUUUCUUCACAAGGCAAUCUUCAACACCGGCACUGCCCUCUUGAGGAAGAAGCAGAUCAAACACCUCAUGUCGUUCCGCAUGUGUGUUGUCAAGGACAGCGCCGAGGCUUCAAUCUUUAACCAUCCCGGGGCUCUCAUGAAGCUUGCCCUAUGGAUUGGCGAAGCUCUAGCGGAACAGGAGAAGGAAGCCACCGGCCGGCUUUCACAAGGCGGCCGUGGUACACCGCUUGUCGUGGCCAGCCUGAACGAGAAGCGCAGUGUGUACACUAUCGUCGGCACGGGUGGCGGAGGGGGCCCAGACAUGGCCUUCCUGGACAAGGAGGCCCAGAAGAAGAAGGAGCAGGCAAGGCAGGAGAAGGCGAAGGCCAAAGAAGAGAGCAGGCGCAACAAGCAGAAGGUCCGCGAGGAGAAGAGGGCCGCCAGACGAGCUACCAGAGGAGAUGACGACGACGAAGAUGAUGUCGAGGACGAGACCGAGUCGGAAGGUUCUGACACAUCAGACUCGGACUCUGAUGAAGAUGACGACGGGCCCCGCGGCAAGGGCUUUGGCCUGAACAGAUUCGGCACGGCCUUCCAGGAUGUCAUUGCCGAGACGAGUGCCCGCGUGCGCAUUGACAGCUUCGAGCACUGCGUGGUCGAAGUGCGCAAGGAGGACCUCUCUGGCUUCCUGGAGAGCCUGUCUUCCAAGGUCGUUGUCGGCUGA